AGGAACAUGGCGGAACCUCAUUGCUGCUACUGUUGAUUAUCACCAACAUCUCAUGAACUUCUGGAGCUUCUGAACAGGGCGGCAGUGACGGGAACGCCUCUCACUGCAUCUCAUCUGCGGUCAGUGGACAUUUAAAACGCGUUCUUUUAUUUUUAUUUCUAUUUAAUGUGCCAGGAGCGGCUGUUCGCCCGCAGCUCUCGGGAGAUCCCUCAUGACAUGAUGCUGUGUCAAUAAACAACACAGGAUUUUAAAAGGUGUGGGGGUCCAGAACAUGGUGGCAACUGCAGGAACCCACAAGAGAAAGGGCUGAAGAUGGCAGGAGGGAGAACCUCUCGCCGGAGCAAAUGGUUGGAUGUUGUAUGUGUGUAUGUGUGUGUGAGCUGGGGGGGUGGCUGGUGAAAGUGUGGCUAAGGAAGGACACAGCCAACCUAUAAGAAGCAGGCAGUGAAAGGAGGUGGAGCAGGGGAGGGGUCCAGGUGGGGGUGGGGUUGCGUGACCCACAGAAACGCAAUCCUCUUAAGGAGCCUGGGAGGCGGCAGCAGGAGCGUUCAGGACGGAGAGGACGAGCGAGGAGACACGCCGAGAGGACAGGACCCACCGAGGAGAGACGGAACGGGUGCCGCAGAGGCGAGGAACGCAGGGCGCCGAGCGAGCGAAUGGGCAAUGGGGGUCACGGUGACGUAGCUUCCAUGGGCACCCUCCGGCAGAAUUCAAUGCCAGCGUCCGCCGCCCGCACCUCCAGGUCCGGCUCAUCCACCCACACAUCUCGUUCCUCCGGCGACUAUGGUGAGCGCCUGGAAGGUGGCGCGGGCCGCAAGGCGGCCAGAGUUCCACCGCCUCGUCCUGGCUCUCAUCAUCUUCUGCCUGCUGUCCAUGGCUCUGCUGGGGUACUACGUGAGCAGCAGCCCCAAGAUCAAAGAGGUGCCGCCCCCUUUGCCUAUGGCCACAUGCGGGGCAGCAGCUCCCCCUACAGGCUUCCAGCGGACUCCUCCUCUCUUGUCCGCGCUGGCUGGCCACCGCCGGACAGGCAAGGUCAAGCCCACAGGCAGCCCACGCACAGACCCCGUGGUGCUGGUGUUCGUGGAGAGCCUCUACUCCCAGCUGGGCCAGGAAAUCGUGGCCAUCUUGGAGACGAGCCACUUCCGGCACCGCUCUGAGGUCGCACCCGGAAAGGGCACCAUGCCCACGCUGGCCAGUCGCGACCGAGGCCGCUACGCCCUCAUCAUUUUUGAGAACCUAUUGAAGUAUGUGAACCUGGAUGCCUGGAACCGCAAGCUGCUGGACAGAUACUGCGUGGAAUUUAGUGUCGGGGUGGUGGGCUUCCUCCGGCCUGGUGGGAACUCGCCGCCUGCUGCUCAGCUCCGCGGCUUCCCCUUGCUGCUGCACUCGGGUCUGGAUCUCAGGGACUACCAUGUCAACCCCGCCGCCCCCCUGCUCUUCGUCACCCGGCCCAACGCGGUUGAGCCUGGGCCUCUGCCUGGAGACGGCUGGACCGUCUUCCGGUUUAACCACAGCACGUAUGAGCCGGUGCUGCUGGCCAGCGCUGGGAAAGGUCCUUCGCCCCCAGGAGCUCGAGGGCCGGGGCAUGCCACAGUGCUGCAGGACCUGGGUCUCCACGACGGCAUCCAGAGGGUGCUCUUUGGCAACGACCUCUCUUUCUGGCUGCACAAACUCAUAUUCGUGGAUGCCGUCGCCUACCUGACAGCCAGGCGGCUCUGCCUGCCGCUGGAGCGCCACCUCCUGGUUGAUGUGGACGACAUCUUUGUAGGCAAGGAAGGGACCCGCAUGAAGGUGUCUGAUGUGGAGGCUCUGCUCAGCACGCAGAACAGACUUCGCACUCUGGUUCCAAAUUUCACCUUCAACCUGGGCUUUUCUGGAAAGUUCUACCACACUGGCACGGACAAGGAGGACCACGGGGACGACAUGCUGCUGCGGCACAGAAGACAGUUCUGGUGGUUUCCUCACAUGUGGAGCCACAUGCAGCCACACCUCUUCCACAACGUCAGCGUGUUGGCCGAGCAGAUGCGCCUCAACAAAGUCUUCGCCCAGGAACAUGGGAUCCCCACGGACAUGGGCUACGCCGUGGCCCCCCACCACUCGGGGGUUUAUCCUGUGCACAGCCAAUUGUACGAAGCCUGGAGGACGGUGUGGGAUAUCCAGGUGACCAGCACAGAGGAGUAUCCCCACCUACGUCCCGCCCGCUACCGUCGAGGAUUCAUUCACGCUGGCAUCCAGGUCCUGCCCAGGCAGACGUGUGGCCUUUUCACACACACCAUCUUUUACAGCGAAUAUCCCGGAGGCCCACAGGAGCUGGACAAGAGCAUCCGCGGAGGAGAGCUCUUCCAGACCGUUCUGCUCAACCCGGUCACAAUCUUCAUGACUCACCUGUCCAAUUAUGGGAACGACCGGCUGGGCCUCUAUACCUUCGAGUCCCUGGUCCGGUUCGUGCAGUGCUGGACAAACCUGCGACUGCAAACACUGCCUCCGCUACAGCUAGCUCGCAAGUACUUCCAGAUCUUUCCUGAGGAGAAGGACCCCUUGUGGCAGAACCCCUGUCACGACAAGCGCCACAAAGACAUCUGGUCCAAGGAGAAGACCUGCGAUAGACUGCCCAAGUUCCUGGUGGUCGGACCACAGAAGACCGGCACGACGGCCCUGCACUACUUCCUGACACUGCACCCUGCCAUCGCCAGCAGCUUCCCCAGCCAGCUAACCUUCGAGGAGGUCCAGUUCUUCAGUGGAUCCAACUACCACCGUGGCAUCGACUGGUACAUGGAGUUCUUCCCCCUCCCAUCCAACGCCAGCACCGACUUCCUGUUUGAGAAGAGCGCUGCCUACUUCGACUCGGAAAUAGCGCCAAGGCGGGUGGCUGCCCUGCUCCCCAAGGCCAAGAUCCUGACGAUGCUUAUCAACCCGGCCGACCGGGCAUACUCCUGGUACCAGCAUCAGAAGGCACACCAGGAUCCUGCUGCUUUGAACCAUACCUUCCACCAGGUGGUGACAGCGGGACCCUCUUCGCCCCCGGAGCUGCGGGCUCUGCAGCGGAGCAGCCUGGUGCCGGGGGCCUACGCCACACACCUGGAACGCUGGCUGCGGCACUUCCAACACAGCCAGAUCAUGAUAGUGGACGGUUCCUUGUUUCGCUUGAACCCGGCACUGGUGAUGGACGGCAUCCAGAGGUUCCUGGGAGUCACGCCUCACUUUAACUACACGGAAGCCUUGACGUUUGAUGAGGCUAAAGGAUUUUGGUGCCAGAAGCUUGACGGCGGUCGGACCAAGUGCCUGGGCAAAGGGAAGGGCAGGAAGUACCCAGCCAUGGCGCCAGAGACCCGUGCAUUCCUGACAGAACACUACCACGAGCGCAACGUGGAACUGCUGAGGCUGCUGGGACGCAUGGGGCUGGCUGCCCCCACCUGGCUGAGAGAGGAGUUGCAGAGCAAGGGCUGGCGCUGAGUUGGGGAGUAGAACCGCCAAGCCGGGGCGCCGUUCCCGUCCCGCACCGGGGAGCCACCCUCGGGUGCCUUCUGGGGGAUGAGCACAUCCUCAGCUGAUGAUGUUUUGGUUUAGACCCUGUGCUACAGAAAGGAGGUAUAGAGCGGGCGCUCCCUGCAGGCAAAGGUGAAGAUGGAGACGUUUACCUGUCCCACACAGCCGUCAUUUGAGUGGCAGGAAGGGGCGCGAGGACCUCUGCGGGUGAAGUAAAGCUGUUGUUGGAGCAUCAGUGAAUAAUAUCAAUCCAAUAAUAUUAGAGCCACUGUUGGGUUGUUCUAAUGCUGCGAUUGGGUGGCUUGUUGACAGCCGACCGGCCAAUCGCAGGCCCAGCAGCCGCUUGCAGUCCAGACGGUAAGCGUCAUGUCUCCCAUGGUGGAGACAUACAAGAAGAAGCGGGAGAAGAUGUGGAUGCACACAACAUGACGGGUAAAUUGCAAAUCAAGUGCUUGAAUUGAGCUCGAGUCCUCGUCUCCGACAAAUGAACCUAAAACUGUUUGUCCUUAACUUGGGCUGCUUGGGGUUUUUUUUUUGUAAAAACAGUAGUAUAUUCCCAAUAAAGGCAUCGAAAGAGCUGAGCCAUUUGCCUUUUU